AUGAACGCCCUCAAGCUUCAGAAGCGCUUUCCCCAGCUCGACCAGGGCGCGAUCUUUUCCCUCCAGGAUGCAUUCAACAGACUUGAUGUGGAAGAUCGAGGCUAUCUCGACGAGUCCACCGCUAUCAAGGCGGCUCAACAGUCGGAGCGCCAGCCCUACGAUGUGGUGCGCGCGGCAUUGAAGGAUGUGGAAUUGGAUAGCUCCCGACGUGUGGAACUCGAAGACUAUGUCGAUCUCGUUGCGAAGCUCCGGACAGCACCUAGCGGAGGCGCCCCCGCCUCCACCCCCGCGGCCGUGAUCCAAGGGGCCGGCGCCGGUACUGGAGCCUCUCGUCAUGUCUCCAAAGGCAGUGUCGGCGGGCGCAUACAUGUUCAAGGGUCUUCCUCCAACGUGACUCACACAAUCAACGAGGACGAGCGAACCGAGUUUACCCGCCACAUCAAUGCCGUGCUGGCAGGCGAUGCGGAUAUUGGAGAUUCUCUGCCUUUCCCCACAGAUACAUUUGAGAUGUUCGACAAGUGCAAGGACGGCUUGGUCCUCGCUAAGCUGAUCAACGACAGCGUACCUGAUACUAUUGAUGAACGUGUGUUGAACAAGGCCGGAAAGAAGAUCAAGCAACUCAAUGCAUUCCACAUGACCGAAAACAACAACAUUGUCAUCAACUCCGCCAAGGGUAUCGGUUGCUCGGUGGUUAACAUCGGAAGUGGGGAUAUCAUUGAAGUGCGCGAGCAUCUGAUUCUGGGUUUGAUCUGGCAAAUCAUCCGCCGUGGUCUUCUCGGGAAGAUCGAUAUCAAGCUCCACCCGGAACUCUACAGACUUUUGGACGAGGAUGAGACAUUGGAACAGUUCCUGCGUCUGCCCCCCGAGCAGAUCCUCCUUCGCUGGUUCAACUACCACCUCAAGAACGCCAAAUGGGACCGAAGGGUGACUAACUUCUCGACCGAUGUGAAGGACGGCGAGAAUUACACGGUUCUCCUGAACCAAUUGGCACCUGAUGUUUGCUCCCGCGGUCCUCUGCAGACUCAAGACUUGCUUGAUCGCGCCGAACAGGUUCUCAAAAACGCAGAUUCGCUUGAUUGUCGCAAGUUCUUGACUCCGGCUUCAUUGGUUGCUGGAAAUCCCAAGCUCAACCUUGCGUUUGUGGCAAAUCUGUUCAACACGCACCCCGGACUUGACCCGAUCACCGAAGAAGAAAAACUGGAGGUUGAGGACUUUGACGCCGAGGGUGAACGAGAGGCACGGGUCUUCACUCUGUGGUUGAACUCUCUGGAUGUGCAGCCCGCAGUCAACUCGCUCUUUGACGAUCUCCGUGAUGGGUUCGUUUUGCUCCAGGCGUACGACAAGGUCAUACCCGGCAGUGUCAACUGGCGGCACGUCAAUAAACCCCCGGCCUCUGGCGGUGAAUUGAUGCGAUUCAAGGCCGUCGAGAACACGAACUAUUCCAUCGAACUUGGUAAAUUCAAUGGGUUCUCUCUUGUGGGAGUUCAGGGUGCGGAUAUCACUGACGGUCAGCGAACUCUGACCCUUGGAUUGGUGUGGCAACUCAUGCGCCGCGACAUCACCAACACGCUCUCUGCUCUAGCCCAGCGACUAGGCAAGCGUGAGAUCACGGACACCGAGAUGAUCAAAUGGGCGAAUGAUAUGUCUAGCAGUGGCGGGCGGUCAUCCACGAUACGCAGCUUCAAGGACAAAUCCAUUGGAUCUGGAGUUUUCCUUCUGGAUGUGCUCUGCGGCAUGAAGAGCAGCUACGUGGACUACGACCUGGUCACCCCUGGUCGGACCGACGAAGAGGCAUAUGCGAAUGCCAAGCUCUCCAUCAGUAUCGCCAGAAAGAUGGGUGCCACCAUCUGGCUGGUGCCAGAGGACAUCUGCCAGGUUCGCUCGCGUCUGGUCACCACGUUCAUCGUUCGCCUCGAGGCUGAGCAGCCUGAGCAGCCUGUUCAGCCUACACAAUCUGCAGAGCCCGCCCAUCCUGCCCAGGAUGUCAGUGAUGUGACCGAGGUCGAGAUGGGAGGCACGCAACCCGAGCAAGACACGACAACUUCAGACGCGCAAGAGCUAGCUGCCCCUGCCCCGGCGCCGACCAAGAAGAAUGCUGGCAUCAACUUCCUUGACCACUUCCUGCAAUUUCUGUACACUCGCGACUAUACCAUUCCGGAAACCGCUACUGGUAUCUCAGAGGCAGACAAGACCGAGGAGAACAUGCUUCACCACGCGCGGACCUACACACUGGCCGAAAAGCUCGGUUUACCGGCCCUGAAGAGCCUUGCGCAUGGGAAGAUCCAUAAGAUCAAGGGCACGCCCGCGGCAGAGCUCGCAUAUGCUCGCUAUGUGUACACUCACACCCCUGCCGACGACACGAACAUCCGAAAGCCAGUGGCCUCUCAUUGGGCCAACCAGAGUCACGUCUUGCGUCAUGAGGUUGGUGAUGACUUCCAGAAACUGUGCAUUGAAGUUCCUCAAUUCUCAUUCGAUGUGUUGUCGAUCAUUUUAGAUCGCAAGGAAAGGAGCAGCGCCCAGGAUGAUAUCAAAGGGAGCGCGCGUAAGCGCACCAGACGAGAGAUUUAG